AUUGCGUCACCAGAUCUUGUGUUUUUGUAAAAAGGAGGAAUUUUCGAUUGAUUUUUAAAAUAAUUUUGCAUACCAUCUGGAAUACUGUACGAGUGUAAUCUUGCAAACAGCAGAAGAGCAGCAUCAAACGUCAUAGCUCCUACCAUGGCCCCAACAGUUUGGCCAACAAGUUUCGUCACAACAAAGCCGUGAGACGGCCAUCUGGAUCUUUUACAUCAGUCAGGUGUGAGGUGUGCAAGAUGAACGUGCCUCAUCGGGUGCUCACCCCAGACGACAGUCUCAAGUCGAUGUCAAGGACGUUGGAGUCUGGGGAGUACAGCAGGGAUUACUUAGCCUCGCCGCACGCGUCGUUCUCUGAUGUCAUCAGCCAUGGCAGUGAGGACUCCCUAGACAAGAGGUCCAGUCUACCUCGCAUGAAAAGUUACGAUGCUGUUGUUUUCGACGUACUUCGGGUAUCCCCGGAAGAUUUUGCUAGUCAGAUAACUCUGCUAGAUCUACCUGUGUUCAAGGCCAUACAACCAGAUGAGCUGACAUCAUGUGCUUGGACCACCAAAGAGAAAUUGAUCAAAGCGCCCAAUGUGGUAGCUUUCACUAGGAGAUUCAAUCAUGUCAAUUUUUGGGUCCAAAAAGAAAUUUUAAAUUGUCAAACUUUGAAAACAAGAGCAGAGGUGUUGGCACAUUUUAUAAAAAUCGCUAAGAAACUCCAUGACCUGAACAACCUCCAUGCAGAGAUGGCGGUCAUCUCAGCUCUACAAAGUGCGGCCAUAUUCAGACUCUCCCAUACGUGGAUGAUGCUUUCUAAGAAAGACAAGAGCAUGUAUGAGAGGAUGGCCGACCUUUUCUCAGAGAACAACAAUAGACAGAAGCUGAGGGACUACAUGGAGAAUGUCCGGCUGCCUUGUAUACCCUACUUAGGUCUCUACCUGACUGACCUCAUCUACAUUGAUGUUGCUCACCCACAUUCUGGUGGCAUGGAGAGCCAUCCCAGGAAGAUACAGAUGAACAACAUUCUGAGAGUCAUUGCAGACUUUCAGCAGUCGGAGUAUGGAGAAAACUAUACAGUAUUAGAUCAUAUACAGAACUAUCUCAAGUCUAUGAGGUACAUUGAGGAACUGCAGAAGUUUGUUGAAGAUGACAACUAUAAACUAUCACUCAAGUUAGAACCGCCAGGUACAGCGUCAUCAUCUUCAUCCAGAGAAGAUGUAAACACAUACCCCCCACCAUCCCCCCACACAGAGCCGAGAAACCAGCUCACAGUUUCACGAGUCUCAGCCACACAUCGCAAGUCUCGCAGUCUCAGUGCCAACUUCAUGUCAUGUACACACCCACAAGUAGAAAAGUCCAACAGUCUUCCAAGUAGAGCCACCGCCCCUUACAUCCAAGGUAUCCGCCAUUUGCUAGACGACAGCGUACUGGAGGAGUCGCCCUGUGCCUCCAGCGAGGGAUCUGUGUGCAGCAAGCUACAGACAGAUAAGGAAAUGAUAGAAUCAACAUCGAGUGACCAGGAGUCUUUCUGGCCAGCCAUAAACAACUUUGCCAGAAGAGAUUCAGAAGAUGAACAGGCCAAUGGGAAAGAACAUAGUUUCACCUGUCAAGGUUGUUUGAAAAGAAAAACUUUGAUCAAGGAAGGGAAAAAACCUACAGUCUCAUCAUGGUCCAGGUACUGGGUGGCGCUGUGGGGCUCAAAUCUUUUGUUUUAUCCAGCGAAAACUCUGCGAGGAUCAGAACGCUCAAAUUUUAAAUCCAAUCCACAUAAAAUGACAUCAAUAAUUGGGUGGAUGGUUGUAAUGGGAGACAACCCAAUUCAACCAGAUGCAUUCCAGCUUACAGACCCUGUCAAAGGAAAUGUGUACAAGAUGCGUGCAGGCACACAGUGUAAUGCAUUACAGUGGUGUCGGUUUCUGAACGAGGCUAGCAAGAGAGGAACACAGAAGCCUGUGAACUUAAUGUCUUUUGAUUGACGACCACUGGACACCAUGUAAUGCACUGGACUGUGUCACAAAGCAGCCAUCCCUCCCCUCCACCAUCCAUUGGUUCAGCUGGUCUGAACACAUUUUUUCUGAAAGGGGAGGUAACUCACAUUCAUGAUCAGGGGACAUAACUCCAGUCGUUUGAGAAACUUUUAAAAAAACUCAUGGGAAAAAAUUUCUUGUCGUCUUACGUGAAUUGAGCUGUGUUUUUCCAACUACAGUAAUUCUAACAAAUUUAGCCCUGCAGCGGAUGAGAUGGAACUGACCCAUGUUUUUUUUUUAUAAGUUUGUGGUCUGAGGUACUGGUUUUACACUGAUGGAGCAUCUGUGUUGAAUUGUUGACGACAAUUUUAAACUGUUAGCAGCUGAAGCAAAGUUAUCAAUCAGGAAAGUGUCACCAUGAACUGGAUACAACAUUAACCCCCAAGUUUCAACAUCAUGCCCCAGUUGAUAUGAAUCGAGAAAAUUUUAAAAAUUUUUCAUAUCUCCGGCUAGGUCACGUCAAAAACAUUUUCAACUCCUGUCAGCUGGUAAUGUUAACGUUAACAUUCCACUCAUGAGAUAAUUUUAUUUUUUUAUUUUUUUUCCCUUGAUGUCUCAUAAAAACUAGCCCCCAGUCAGUACCUUGGAAUACUCAUUUAUUUUUAUCAUGUUCACUAAGUGGCCAUCAUCUGGGAUUGCGCACCAAAUUGAAUGCGCACCAAAGUGUGCGACCAGCUUGCUUUCACAGACCCUAAACUUGUGGGCUUUUAAAUUUUAACACUGUCACUUAUUAAAUUAUGGAUAACUGGUUGGUUUUAAUAUCUAGUUAUUUUUAAAAUAAGGUUUUUAAAAUAGUUUGAUUAAAGGUUGAAAAAAAAGUAAAACAUGUCUCGCUGUUUCUCUCAAAUUUUGUCAUAGGUUCUGUUAAGAAACAAAAGUUCAAGAAAGUCUUAUUUGACUACUUUGUUUCUCUUUUGUUAUUUUAACAAAAGCAAUUUAAUAUUAAUUUUUUCACCACUGAUAUUAAAUAUAUUGUAUAAAAUUGCAUUUUACUUUUUCUGAUAGUUUAAAUAUAAUAAACUUUGACUCCAUCACGCAAUGCUUAUCAACAAAAACUGAGAUUUGUGCAUAAAAAUGUAUUUUUAAAUAUUUUAAUUUGGAUAAUUCAAUAGCUGAAAAAUAUAUGUAAUAAUUAGCUUAAACAAUCAAGGCAUGAGCCUAAUUACAUGUUCAAAGGGUUAAUUUAUGUUUAAACUUCAACCCCACAGCUUGUUCACUCAUUCAUCUGCUCCAUUCUUUAUAUUGGCUAAUUUUGUCACAUGACUGUUGGCAAUACAAAACUUUGCCUAACAAAUAGUUUGAAAAAAUAUAAAAAACAAAACUAAAAGAUAUUGUGUAUUCUAGAUUGUUUGAAAUGCCUGCCUUACUCCCGCUUUCCGCCCUGUGUGUAGCGCCACAUAUUUUCUGUGUGCAACUACACAUGAAAUUUUCUUGCUCUUACCUAUCAGUAUUUCUCUUUAGCACUACAUCCUUUUUAUUUCACUGUGGCUGACUUAAAAGUUUCAAAUUUUUUCUUUGUGAUUUUUUUUUUUAACAAUUUUUUAGCUGAAACAAAAUGCUGCUUGUUUAAACAGUUUUUGCUUACCUUAAGUUCUUCCAGAUGUAAAAAUAAUUCAAUUUUUCAAA